GAAUGGUCGAAGAAAAGGGAGAGGGGCCUGAAGAUGUUGAUACCAUUGGGAUUUACGUAGGCGGUCGCAAUGCUGAUGGCGAACGCCACGGAGAAGGCUGGGCUGUUCUACCGAAUGGCGAUUUCUAUACAGGCUGUUACUGUAGGGGCAUGAGGAACGGAAAGGGACUGUAUGUAUUUAAAAACGGAGCUAGAUACGAAGGUGAAUGGCGCAGAGCCAUGAAAUACGGGGUCGGACAAAUGAUAUACCCAGACGGUUCUCGAUACGAAGGCGAUUGGAAACACGACCUGAAACAAGGUUUCGGCGCCUAUAGCUACCCCAACGGGGAUAUUUACGAAGGCGCCUGGUUUAAAGGAAAACGACACGGUCUUGGAACGUAUUUCUAUGCAGACUCGAAAGUUAAAUUUAUGGGGACUUGGAUAGAGGGUACAAUUGAAGGUUCAGGUCAGAUAAUUUAUCCUCGCUAUCGCUACCACGGCUCAUGGGUGAAGGGAAUGCCGAAAGGAACGGGUUGUUUCGUUUUUGACACCGAUUGUAUGCAGCAUGGAUUUCACCUGUUGACCAAAGAUCCAAAUUUAGAAGAAUACGGUGAAGGCGAAGAGGAGAAAGAAGAAAAAGACGCAAAAGACGAUAAACUUGAGGAAGGUGAAGAGGAAACAGAAAUAGAUGAAACUUUAGGUAAAAUCUCAGUUUGGCGAGCACGCAACGUGACUGCAUACAUGGCGGAGUUCUUGCCUCCUGAACCAGUUCCUCUGCCGGUACACGAUUCGAUACCAUCCCUGACAAACGAAAGUGUGGAAACAGACCUUUUGGUGUUCGAACCACCAUCUUUAGCCCCAGAGUACGAAGGUCAAGACGAUAAUGAUUCUUGGUUGUUGCACAGGCAAAAGUUCUUGGAGGAAACUGAGCAGAAGGAUUAGAUGUUGGGAGAUAAUGUUGAAAUGUAAUAUUAAUUAAGUUCUUUUUCAAUUUCGGCCACUCU